CUACUGAACCGUUUGGCUCUUUUCUCUACUAGCGAGCAAACCUACAAUCUAGACCCAACUGUUCAUCCAGCUCAUUUUUAAGGGGAUUUAUCAUCAUAUAUGCCCGUGUAUCCAAAACACAUCGGUCAUUGGGGAUUCCUAGCACCGGUUGGCCGGGUCUGAGGGCCGAUAUAACGCUUUUUCGAGGUUUAAUUAGAGCUAGAAAACAACGGUGGUGGAGGAGGAGGAGAUUCCAUAUUAGGAGCACAGAGGAGAAGGCACCCCCCUUGUGUGAUUUGGAGCUUUUGGUUCUGAGCCCAUGGUACAAGGCCCUGACUGAACAUACUGGUGGUGCAGACAGACUUACUACUGUGGCUAGGUGUGUGCGUGCUGACCUCAUGGUGUAACAGGAGUAAAGAUGAGCAUUAGCAGUGAUGAGGUCAACUUCCUGGUCUACAGAUACCUACAGGAGUCAGGGUUCUCCCACUCAGCAUUUACGUUUGGUAUAGAGAGUCACAUCAGCCAGUCCAACAUCAAUGGUGCUCUGGUUCCCCCUGCUGCCCUCAUCAGCAUCAUCCAGAAGGGCCUGCAGUACGUCGAGGCCGAAGUCAGCAUCAAUGAGGACGGCACAUUAUUUGACGGGCGGCCCAUUGAGUCUCUGUCCCUGAUUGACGCCGUGAUGCCAGACGUGGUUCAGACGAGGCAGCAGGCCUACCGGGACAAAAUGGCCCAGCAGCAGGCCGCCGCUUCAGCGCCGACAUCGGCCACCGGAGGCAGCAUCGCCGGCAACGCCAAGAACGGAGAGAAUACUGCCAAUGGAGAGGAGAACGGAGCCCAUGCCUUAGCUAACAACCACGCAGACCUGAUGGAGGUGGACGGAGAUGUGGAGAUCCCCCAGAACAAGGCCAUGGUCCUGAGGGGCCACGAGUCCGAAGUCUUCAUCUGUGCCUGGAACCCAGUCAGCGACCUGCUGGCAUCGGGGUCUGGUGAUUCGACAGCUCGUAUCUGGAACCUGAGUGAAAACAGUACGAGCAGCUCCACACAGCUGGUCCUGAGACACUGCAUACGAGAGGGAGGGCAGGAUGUCCCCAGCAACAAAGACGUCACCUCGCUAGACUGGAAUAGCGAGGGCACGCUUUUAGCAACAGGCUCCUAUGACGGUUUUGCCAGAAUAUGGACGAAGGACGGGAACCUGGCCAGUACACUUGGCCAACACAAAGGUCCCAUCUUUGCCCUGAAGUGGAAUAAAAAAGGCAACUUUAUCCUCAGCGCAGGAGUAGAUAAGACAACAAUCAUAUAUGCCCAUACAGGAGAAGCUAAACAACAGUUUCCCUUCCACUCAGCUCCAGCACUAGAUGUGGACUGGCAGAGCAACAACACGUUUGCCUCCUGUAGUACAGACAUGUGCAUUCACGUCUGUAAACUGGGACAGGACAGACCCAUCAAAACAUUCCAGGGACACACAAAUGAAGUAAAUGCAAUCAAGUGGGAUCCCACAGGGAACCUGCUAGCCUCCUGCUCAGAUGACAUGACGCUGAAGAUUUGGAGUAUGAAGCAGGAUUCGUGUGUCCAUGACCUGCAGGCCCACAGUAAAGAAAUCUACACCAUUAAAUGGAGUCCCACCGGCCCUGGAACCAACAAUCCCAGUGCUAACCUCAUGCUAGCAAGUGCAUCGUUUGACUCCACAGUUCGUCUUUGGGACGUGGAGAGAGGCAUCUGUAUCCACACGCUGACUAAACACCAGGAGCCAGUGUACAGCGUGGCUUUCAGCCCUGAUGGUCGGCAUCUAGCCAGUGGCUCCUUUGACAAAUGUGUGCACAUCUGGAAUACACAGACGGGCGCUUUAGUCCACAGUUACAGAGGGACGGGGGGAAUCUUUGAGGUUUGCUGGAAUGCAGCAGGGGACAAAGUGGGAGCCAGCGCAUCAGACGGAUCUGUGUGUGUACUAGACCUUCGGAAAUAGUGCUGCUGUUUGUUGGAAGCCAUGGACCGACCAUGAAUGUGUACAUAGCCAAAUGACUGUCCCUGCCUGCCCUGCGUACUGCUCACGCUUACGACUAUGGCCCCGCCCACCGACAGACAGGAAGCAGGAAACAGGAACAGGAAGCAAGCACCCCGACACAGCAGGUCCAGACACAGGGAUGAACAGAUGGACGGACAGACAGACGGAUGGAUAAACGGGCGGAUGGAAGCGCCCCUCUCUAUCUGUGCAGACUCUUCCAGAGAUGUAGAAGGGACGCAGUGAAAAAAAGAAAAAAAACUGAUAGAAAAAAAAAAGUUGCAGAUCCGUAUAUGUACCAAAAUUUGGAAGCUAUUUUGCUUUUUUGAUCUUUAAACCAUGCUCAUCGUCAUGAAAAUGAAAAACAAUGAAAAAAGUGUUGAUCUUUGUUACUAGUUGGAUCUCAUUGUGCAGACAUAUCAACUUCUCCACCAUAAAAUAGGAUGGCACUUAGUUUUUUUUAAAUUUCAGAUCUCUUGUUUCAAUGUUUUUAUAUUUUUUAUCUUCAGGGGAGGGAACAGGGGUUGCACAGGUCUGAGUUUUAUUGAUUGGAGAAGUACAUGCAUUCAAACACAAUCGGACACCAAAUAGUUGUCAAAAACAGUGUCCUCAUCAAACCAAUGUGGCAAAUGGAAAGGCUUUUUAUCCGUGUUUCUGCAGCUGUGAGCGGCUCAUAUGGUUAACCUCAACAUGCAGUAGUUCACGUGUUGUCUUCUCCAGAGGAAAAACUCUGGAUCCCCCCUGGCCACAUGUGACUGACACACACACACACACACACACACACACACACACACGUGUUCACACACUUUAAAAACAGCUCCUGUGCGCACUAUUUGAUCUAGAUGGAUUUACCCACAGUCCUCCUCUCUUAGUCACCUGGACAAAAGUUAAAGGUUUAAUUGGCAAGAAGCUAACCUCCACUUGUCCGAAUGUUCAAAGCUGCUCUGAGUUUCAGUAAUGCAACAGUUAAUCAGGUCUCAUGUCUCAUCACAUACUGUCCUCAGCCAGUAGGAUUCCAGAGAUUUACUCAUCUGUAACACGUUAAACAUUUCUAACUCGCCAAUCAGAAAAACACACAAUGGCCUGAGGGGUGGUGGUGAAAAAGCAGAAGUGUUGUUCACAUGUUUUUGCAGAUUCUCAGAGGUUGAUGCUCUGGAGGCAGAAUUAUUCUCAGUGACUAAAACCUCGGAGGGCAGAGCCAAAGAAACAAACUCAGUCCGGAGCUCAGUCCGGUUGCUGCAUUUGCGCGUUAUUUUGUGCCCUUUUAAGCAUCGACACAUCAAUCCAAUCACUAACAGUAACGCCAAGGAAGAACCCAUUACAUUUUGCAGUGAAUCCUUAUCACCAGGCAGAAAUAUAAAUUAUUUUUCACCUUAGUUAAAAGAGUGAUGGUGGUUUGUGUUCUUGGUUUGCUAUAUAUUUGUAGUUGUUUGCUAACAGCUGAAACCAAAUAGUUAGUAUGUGUCAUUUUAUAUAAUCUGUCAAAAAUAUACGAUAUCUCAGACCCUGAACGGUUUUGCUCUCUUGGCUGAUCACAAUUAUUAAAUAGUCUAAAAAAUACCAUGAUGAAAACAGCAUUAGCAAAGUCAGACUGUGUCAUUCAGAUUUUUGGAAAUAUCAUCAGUUUUGUGUCACACAACUGUAAUUUUUGUGCCUACUAAAUGUGGCUUAUUGUUUUUAAUUAUCUUUGAGAGUACUGUACAGAGCAUUCUGAUACUCGGGACACCCUCUGACUGUAUUGAACCACCUGCAGCAUGAGUGAGACCACUGGUUUAUUUUUUGCAAUCUGCUGCUUCCCUCAGCAUAAAUGCACGGUAAAAUAUCAUUGCAACUUAUUUCCCCUAAAUCCCCUAAACUGCAUCUUCACUACUUCAAAGACUGACACUUUGUCACUUUACAUAAAACAAAAAUAUUUCAACCCAAAACUUAUCUAAACCUGUGGUCUGACCCUAACCGUGACAGUUUCACAAGAAUAAGCACACGUUACAGUGUGUUUCAACUGUGCACUGCUAAAGCUCAAUGUACAAAAACGGGCUAACACCCACGAACAUCUGGCUUUCUAAGGCAAUGAGAAUGACCAACGAGAUGCUACUCCGACUCCUCCUAAGCUGUGCAAGAACAUUAUUUCAAGUUAGUCUGCACCAAAUUUGAUAGAGAAAGGAAAGAAACCGUUCAUUAAAUACACACGGCACUGUAUUUGAGACAGUGCCGUGUGUAUUUAAUGAACUGGCAAAAGAAUGGGUAUUUCCUUGGCUCUGCCCUGUUGAAGGUUUAAGUCAAAAAUAACUUAAGGUUAUGUUACCGCUCUGCUUCCAAAAAGUAUAUAAUUGAAAUUUAACUCGGAUGUAUUUUUUUACUGUUUUAAUAACAUUUCUGUGGCGUGGAGAAGUGGGCUCAGUGUGACUUUGGGGCUGCCUUUUCACACAUGAAGAUAAAGAAACAUUACCUUCUGUUUGUUUUCCUCUCAGACAAACAUCACAAACUGCUCCAAACUACAUGUUCUACCUGCGAUUACGCAGAGUAUGAAGAAUUUUCUCCCCUGUCUUAUUGUCUGAUCGCUGCCACCAGGUUGCUAUUCAGAAUCAGGCUCAGAAGCGGACCCAACAUUAAAGCAAUAUCUGGACAUUUUCAUUUGUGUCUGUUUUUAUCGCCUGCUACUCGUCAUGAUGUGGGGAAGAACCCCGCUGAGGACAGAAACAAAUCAGACACAAAAAGGUCAAAUGUCAAAUCUUUUACCCGCAACAUGACGGUGUUGGUGAAUUAAAAACAGCAAAAUGUCAAACUGUACAUUCAGUGUGUGUUGAUUCAUCUGCCCCUUCACCUUCACUUUUGGUUCUUCACCACCAAAACUCACAUUUCCCUCUGAGGUUCCCUACUGACUAAACAUUUUAUACUCUUUUAAAGACAAAUUUAAAGUUACAUUUUUGUAAUUUCUUUGUAGAUUUGAAAAAAAAAUGUGAAUUGAUGAUUUAUUGGCAGUGUUAAUUUACAUGUUCUAUAAAUUUUAAAGAUCUUUGUUUUGUUACUUUAAAGGUUGACCGUGUAAUGUAAGGCUCGGCGAGCUGAGCCGUCAUUCUGAAGGCACCUUGCUGGGGAACACUUUGUCCUCGGAGCAAAUCACCACUAAAUUUGUCAAAAUAUGUUUUAAUAAAGAAAUGUUUUGCUUUUUCUUUUUGCUUGAAUGUUUUUGGGAAGAUUUGUCCCAGAAAAAGACACUUACACAAAAGACAAUUCAAAACAAGUUACUCUUUAAAUUGAAUAAAGUUGUAAUUUUUCAAUCAAGCCAAGACUUCAGGGAAUCUUUCUGGUUCCCAUUUUUUAUUUCUAUAAUUGGGAAUCAUGCAGAUGUUUUGUGGAUAAAGUUGCUUUGGGAUCAGAAAUAAUCUCAUUGACUGAAUAUGGAGUUAUAUUUGUGUCGUGAUUUUUAAUGUGCAACAGGACAUUUUGAACACAGAAAAAAGAACAGUUUGGCAGAGUCUUACAGUGUGCUUCCUUUCAGCCGGCCACGACAAAGCGAUCAAUUUCCGUUUGGUUGUUUUGUCUCUAAUCCAGUUAUUACCGUAAAACUUCAAAUAUAAGCCUGUCCCGAUUAAACACCCACUCUCGUGGCAACACAACACAUUUUGGCAAAUAAAGGGCUGUCUCAAUUAGAGGCCCGGUUACUAUGCAGGUCAUUUUUAUAGAGGUUGUUUGGCUCCCUGCUGGAGAUUUGCAUACAAAUAUAAAUGUUUAAACUUUUGUCAACAUGGACAUGUUACACACAGGGUUAGUUUAAGAUUAGAAAUCUGCAUGCUAAAGACAGUGUAAAUAGCAAAAUAGUGAUUCUCUAUGAUUUAAUCAGUUCAUUUCACUGAAACCAUGAAUGCCAAAAAAGACUAAUACUGGAAGAGUAAACAAGACAGAUGCAAAAAAGGUUUUAUAAACACUGAUUGUAUUUCCAUCUUUGAUGAGCAACAGUUUGGUGUGACAGAAAAUAAAGACCCGUCCCACAUAGACACCUGUCCCACGUAGACGCCUGUCCCAAAUAUAAGCCUGUUUGGUUAAAGCAAAUAAUAAUUGAAGUUUUACGGUGGUCACUUAGGAAGCAAGAAAAUGUGCACUAAAAUAUAAUUGCGCAGAAUAUCUUUUUUUUCUGUGCUCAGAUUGUCCUAAUCCUUAUUGGUCAGAGCCAAAGAAGCAUUUUAAUUUUAGAAUGAAAGUCAGUGAAAAGGCUAACAAAUCCUGCAGAAAUCAUCCAGAAUCGUUAAAAAAAAUUUUAAUUGGAUUUUCACCACACUAUUCAAUUUUGAAAGUUGCAACUUUAGUUUGAGGUUUAAUUAAAAAUUAUUACCUCUGCCUCCAGAGCUCUGCUUCCAAACAAGGUUUGUACAACUGCAGAUCAGGUUUAUUUCUUCCUGUAGCCUCUGUAAUUAAUAGGAGAUUUCUACUAGAAACUUCCAGAGAUUUCAGUCCUGUGUACUGUUUUUGUUUUUUCCUCCCUUUAUUUAAAGCACCUCAAGCCAAAAGUUAUGGAAAAAAUCACUGUUCAUGCCAUCCUUAGGUCUGUGCCACACAGUGUGUCUGGGUUAACAUGGCCAAAGUCGCUGAGUCAGCCUUUAUCUGUGCCGCCACAACAGGUCAGCAUCAUGUCAGCCCGGCAGUAUUUCCCCCAUGGGCUCUCUAAGCCUUUGUUUGUUCGUUUGUUUUUCUGCAACUCGCAUCACAUCGAUCUGUUGUCAUUUCAGUCAGAUCAGUGAAACAAGUCCAGAAUAAAAUAUAUUUUGAUAAGA